AGUACAGCUCCGUUGCCCUGACAGAGAGAGAGAUAGGCUGUGUAAAUGGGACAAUAAGUUGAUGGUGUUGAUGACUACGGUCUCUGAAUAGACGAUGUCAUCAAAGAUGGUCGGUUGCCGUUCGAAAUCAUGCCCGACAUGAGUUCAAACUUAGCAUCUGCAAACUCCCGCAAGGUUUGAUGCUCCAUUCGUUCGCUGGAAGAAGAAUCUUGGCUCUGCACCCAUGGUUGAGUGGCGUUCACAGUCGAUCUGCAUUCCUCAGGGCAGUGGGUCCCCUUCGGUGGAGCCCGUUUCGAUCACGAAAUGCAUUGGACGGAAACGCAGUUGACAGCCACUCAGUGAAAACAGUCUACCCCAUACUGAAGGGGCUGGCGGAUGCAUGCUCUACUACUGCAAUGAUGUUUGCAUGCUCAACCUGCACUGGAGACGCUGAGAACAGUAAGGCGGUCUCAGGUGUCGGGGGUGGCUGUGGGUUGGUUACCCAUUGGGCAGGGCGAGGUACCAUUUCUUGAGAGGCGUUGACGAAAGCCGAUGUAACAGCGACUGGAUCCUCAAACAAUCUGUUGCAGGGCCU